AUAUAAUUUGGAAAUUGAUUGUCGUAUCAAUUGUCUAUUGUGUAUUGAAUUAUCCGUGUUCUGCUAUGGCUGUAAGAAAUAUGUUCUACGUUUUCUAACAACAGAUGACAUAACCUAACCUAUGCACCUGCGUAUAGUUAUGCAUUAAUCCCCUCUACUUGAUAAAUAAAUGAAUACAGCUAGCAAGUUACCACGGAAAAUUUACGUUAAAAGACUUGACAUCUUCUUCAAACUUUUUCGUUAUAAAUCUGAGCAUCAUUACUAUGAUAUUGUUCCAUUUUCACCAUUUCAUAUGCCCAGAUUAGCAAUAAAACAAAUUUUUUUGAGAAAUUUUUAUGAAAAUAUAUCAAUAUCAGAAAAAUUAUCCUGGUAUAAUUUGAUGGGCAAAUUCAGCUGCACAAUGGCAAAUUCAACUGCACAACAAAAAUUAAAUCAAACACCAAUGGAACCUUUCUUGGAAACAUAUUAUAAUUCUAGCAAUGGUUAUGAAAUUCCUUUAACAUGUCCAUCAGAAAAUUUAGCAUGUGAAAGCAAUAUGCAAACAGUCGUUCUUGGUACAGAUACAUGUGUUGAAACUUCAAUGUCCUUGAAGGAUAAGUAUAUAACUGAUAAGCAGAGAUAUAAAGCAAUGAGAAAAUGGAAAUAUUCUAAGAGAGAAAAGCUGACUUCUAAUUCUGAAGAAUGUUUUAUUUUAAGAGUAUUAUCCUUCAACAUUUUGGCACAAUAUCUAUUGGAAACAUAUCGAUUUCUAUACAAAGAACAUGACAAACAGGCACUAUGUUGGGAGAUUAGAAGGCAACUUCUCUUAGAAGAAAUUUUAGCAGCACAAGCUAAUGUGAUUUGCCUUCAAGAAAUGCAGGAAGAACAUCUGGAAGAAUUUUUAAUUCCAUUCAAAGAAUUGGGUUACAAUUAUUUAUAUAAAAGACGAACAAAUGAUAAAAAAGAUGGAUUGCUAUUUCUAUAUCAUUCUGAUCAACUCACUUUAAUAGACUAUUCAAAAGUUGAGCUUUAUCAAUCUGGUAUAGAAUUGUUGAGUAGAGAUAAUGUUGGAAUUAUUGCAAAACUGGCAGUUAAAAAGAAUCCUCAAAUACAAUUAGUAAUUGCUACAACUCAUUUACUUUAUAAUCCAAGACGAAAUGAUGUAAGAUUAGGACAAACUCAACUUCUUUUAGCAGAAAUUGAAAGGGUUGCUUUUCUAGAAAAUACCAUGACGGGUUCUAAAUAUCUUCCAAUUAUAUUAAUGGGUGAUUUUAAUUUGGAACCUCAUUCUGGAGUGUAUAAAUUUAUUGUUGAAGGAGCAUUUGAAUAUCAAGGAAAAGGAAAAAAUCUUGAACAAACAGAAUAUCGACCCUUAUCAAAUUCUCUUAUUCCUCCUCGACUUUUUAUUACUGAUAAUUGUCAACAUUUUAAUGUAUUAAAACAUAGAUUACAUGGAGAAGGGACAGAUAAAGUAAUGCUGGAAAGUAGUGAGCACCAAAAAUUAGAAGAAAAUAUUUCAGCAAAUAAUUCAUCAAAUUAUUGUGAAGUGAAUACAGAUACAACAAAUCUUCAAACAAUAGAAAUUGCAGAUGAUUAUCAUGUAAAAUUCUGUUCUGGUACUUUAACACAUCCUUUCCAUUUUAAUAGCGUAUAUAAACAUAAAAAUUAUCAUGGAGAACGGGAAGUUACAACCAAUCAGGGCGAAUGGAUUACUGUCGAUUAUAUUUUUUAUAGUGGUUUAGAACUUCUUGAAAAAUAUAAUUUACCUACGAAAUGCGAAAAUUUACCUACAAUACCUAAUUUUGCAGUCGGUAGUGAUCAUUUUUGUUUAGGAGCGACUUUUAAAUUACAUAAAAGCAAACUUUAGAAAACUGUUAAUAUUGUGUUAAUAUAGAAUGUUAGUAUAUUCAUGGAAUACUUUUGGAAAAUGAUUUUAGAGAUCAAAACAAAUAUAAAAUUUGAUUAAAAUUAAAGCUUAUUUAUCAAAUUAUAAAUAAUUAAAAUUUUUGUUGAAUGGAGAUAAAGUGAGAUAACAAUACAACAAAGAUAGAAAUGUUAUAUUCUAUCUUUGUUUCAGGUUAUCUUAUGAAAAUCUCAAUUACUUAUAAUACAAUAUAUAAAUUUCAACCAAUAUUUUUGUAUCAAUUUUUGUGUUUAUUUUAGCCUCAAGAAUCAACUUUCCAAAAAUCUCACAAAUAUAUGACAUUCUAUAUAAUAUAGUAAAAAGUUGUUAACUUUGACACAUAGAACACGUUUUUAUAUUAAAUGAAUGAAAAAAGUAAUAUAAAAGAUAAUAUAAAAAAAUGUUAUUUUGUUUAAAAAAUUAAAAAAGUCGCUAUUUUCCUUCAUUAUAAUUGAUAAAAAUAGAAAAUAUUGUAGUUUACAAUGAUUUAUAAUAUAGAAUAUGGUAUAUAUUGUGUAGAUUAAAAUAUUUAUGUAGGGUGUAAAGACUAAAUUUAUAAUACAAAAUUAUUGUUCUUUAUG